GGUGAACUGAAAAUAUGGGAGAAAUUCCAGUUUGGCAUUAACAGGUACGAGAUGUAUUCAUACAACAACUCAAGGAUCGAAGACCUCCUGCAGUAUCUUCGUUCAGAACCAUUAUACGAAGUUGAUGAAAAAUCGGGAGGCACACAGGUGAAGAUGGUCUUAACAUUCAGAGAUGGCGGACAGAGUUUAAUGAAACCUUGGAGAGUUCAACGUGAAUACGAGACUUUACCAGACCACUUUUAUUUCUCUGAUAUAGAACGUCAUAAUGCCGAGGUCUCUGCCUUUCACCUUGAUAGAAUUUUAGAUUUUAGAAGAGCGCCCCCUGUCGCCGGUAGAUGGUUCAACAUUACCAAGGAUCUAUUUGAGUUAGCAGAUCCAGCAUUUAGAAAAACGUUUUUUCGAUCACCAGCGAACAAUGUGUGUUUUGUGGGCCAUUGUUCCUACUACUGCGAGACCGAGACUGCAGUUUGCGGUAAGCCUGACAUGAUCGAAGGAUCGGUCGCUGCCUUCCUGCCUUCUUUCAAAGCAGCUCCUAGAAAAACAUGGCGACAUCCGUGGAGGAGAUCGUACAGCAAACACAGAACAGCCGUUUGGGAGCAAGACCCCACUUACUGUCAUCGUAUUGUAAUGAACAAACACCCGUAUAAUAGCGGUAGAAGACUGCUGGAUCUUAUGGAUAUGUCCAUCUUUGAUUUCUUAAUGGGUAAUAUGGACAGGCAUCACUACGAGACAUUUGAAGCUUUCGGAAACUUUACAUUUCCCAUCCAUCUCGAUCAUGGUAGAGCAUUUGGAAAGCACAGACAUGAUGAACUCAGUAUAUUGGCUCCUCUAAUUCAGUGUUGUAGAUUACGACAGUCUACGCAUGAACGUCUCAAGCUUCUUGCGUCAGAUAGAUAUCGGUUAAGCGAUGUCAUGAGAGAUUCGCUGGCAACCGAUAGAAUAGCCCCUGUCGUUGUGGAGGAGCACCUGGAAGCUCUGGACCGACGUCUUUCCAUAAUUCUUGAACAACUCUCGCGAUGCGUGACAAGAAUCGGAUCCGAAGAUGAAGUCUUCAAACCGGAACCGCGGAUAGAAGACUAUAAGGAAAAAGAAGCCAUGCAACCGUACGGUUCGGAUCUUGAUGAUGAUGACUUCGACUUUUAAUAAUGAGAAAAAAAUUCUCUUUUUUAUUGAUUAUGACUGGUGAACAGUAAGGCUUCUACAAGAAGUUGAUGCGAAAUCUGAAGCAUUCCGUUUUAUAAGUGUAGAUACGCGUGAUCCCCCCCCUCUCUCUCUCUCUGAAAUGCGUCAAUGUUGCGUCAAGACUUCUCCAUUUUUAUGUUACAUGACGAAGUCAGCUAUUGUGUUGGCAUUUUCGCAUGUUUCGAUUCAGUCUUCAGAAUUUUAUUGUAAAUUUCACAGCUUUUUGUAAGCAUCGUCAAAAAGAAAAUUGUCAACUCC